CCCGAGUCUCUUUUCUCUCUUCCUCUCUUGGUACAGGUGACAGAACUGAAUGAGCCUCUGUCCAAUGAAGAGAGGAACCUCCUGUCCGUCGCCUACAAGAACGUUGUGGGGGCACGGCGCUCGUCCUGGCGAGUCAUCAGCAGCAUCGAGCAGAAGACCUCCGCUGAUGGCAAUGAGAAGAAGAUCGAAAUGGUACGGGCCUACCGCGAGAAAAUCGAGAAGGAGUUGGAAGCCGUGUGCCAGGACGUGCUGAGCCUGCUGGACAACUACCUGAUCAAGAACUGCAGCGAGACGCAGUACGAGAGCAAAGUCUUCUACCUGAAGAUGAAAGGGGACUAUUACCGCUACCUGGCCGAGGUGGCCACCGGCGAGAAGAGGGCGACCGUGGUGGAGUCUUCGGAGAAGGCCUACAGCGAGGCUCAUGAGAUCAGCAAGGAGCACAUGCAGCCCACCCACCCCAUCCGGCUCGGCCUGGCGCUCAACUACUCUGUUUUCUACUACGAGAUCCAGAACGCCCCGGAGCAGGCCUGCCACCUGGCCAAGACGGCGUUCGACGACGCCAUCGCCGAGCUGGACACCCUCAACGAGGACUCCUACAAGGACUCAACGCUCAUCAUGCAGCUCCUCCGCGACAACCUAACGCUCUGGACAAGCGAUCAGCAAGAUGACGACGGUGGAGAAGGCAACAAUUAGACCCCCAGAUGGACUGGCAGCCGCACGCUGAUGCUAACUACUGCAGUCUUUAUUUUUUUCCCACAAGUGGGGGGGUCAGGGGUGGGGGAGGGAACGGGAGGGGACACCUUCCCAGGGAGGCCCCCACAACCUGUCUUUGAUUGCCUCUUUGACAUUUUUGCCAAAACACCACUAGUGGAAGUCAGGCUGGCUGUGCUGGUAUGGAAUAGCAGCCUCACUGGCAUAUGGACUGUUCUGUAGAUUAUUAAUACAAGUGGAGCUGUCUUUAAUUUAACUUUAUUGCUAGAAAUAAAAGGGUUUUAAGAUGAAUUAACUUGGAAUGGAAUGGCCCUCGUUUUUAAGAAAAGCUACACAAAAGGAAGUUCUGUGGUUCCAGUAAGGCUUUGUGCGUUUGUUUCCUCAGUUCAAGUGCCGUGUCCGUACCGGAGCGCUCUGCCUGUCAGGGCCUAGCUUCAAAUCCCCAUGUUGAAAAGGAAUAAUAAUAAUAAUUUAAAAAAUGACUAAAGAGUUUGGGGCUUGUAAAGCUCCAGGAUUUAGGCCAUUUAAUCUUUUUUUGUGAAAGAUAUUAGGGUAGCUUACAGUAUUAACACUAAAUUGCAGUUUACAGUAUUUCUACAUUACAGCCAUAUGACAUCAAGCCUUUGAUUGUCUGUUUUCUUUUGCUAGUUCUUUUGGCUUGCCUUCCUGAUCAGUCCUCGCCUGUGGACUGGCUUUAGCUAUUCUGUGUCGCCCAAGGCAAGAAGACUGCCUGCCCCAGGAACAUCAAAAGCUGCUCUAGUUUUCGGUCAACAGCUUAACAGGUGCUUGGCUAGCGGCUGUUUAAACUAUUUUAGUCCACAGCAAAAGGUUUAAGAACUUAAUUAGGAAAAGGGGGAAGUGUUUAAACUUAAAAUGCCACUGAAAAA